CGCCGUUGUCGCUCAGACAUUUCAUUACGGCGAUCUUCUCUGCCCGCCCGGGAUGUGCUCCUGUCCCUUGGAAAGCGAGCUCCGCCAUCGCCACAGAUCUGCCAUGGCAGCCAAGCGGCUUCUUGCGCUUUGGGUGAUUUUGUGCGUUCCGCUUGAAGCCAAGGCAACAAGCCUUGGUGCAACACAGAACCCAGAAGACGCCGUAUCUGUGGCCUUGAAACAGAAUGAUGAGUUCUAUGAACACAAAGGGCGUAUUUGUAAGAAAUGCCCUGCAGGUCAUUUUGUCUUCCAACAUUGCAAGAGUUCAGGAACUGAAGGGGUUUGCCACCCCUGUGAAAAUAAUAAAUUUUCCAAAUACUUGAAUGAUUUUGAAAAAUGCCUCACCUGCACAGAGUGCAGACCUCUAGAUGAGGUGGUGCUACAGCCAUGCACCACAACCAGUGAUACCCAGUGUGCUUGUAAGAGCGGCACCUUCUGCUCCCCUAGCCUUCCAUGUGAAACAUGCCAUACAUGCACAACCAGGUGUCCUGAUGGAGAAACGAUGGUUCAUCCUUGUACCCCUGAAAGUGACAUGCAGUGUGUAAAGGCUCCAGGUCCUGCUGAUGCAACCUCACAAACUCCUGCAGCAGGCUCCAGUGGACAUAUACUUUUGAUUUUGGGUAUUCUGGCUUGUGUCGUUCUGGCUGUUGCUGUUGCUGUUGGAAUUUGCAAGUGCCGUACUAAAGACAGCAGAAAAGGAUCUGUAACAAGUGUGUGGGACUGCAAGAUUUUCCGAAGACUGCGGCGAAAAUGUACUCGUAGACCACAGGAAGUAGAGGUAUUGUGGGAUGUACAGGUUAACCAGAGGAUCCAAUCGUCUUCACUUGAACAUGUCAAUUCCAAUGCAAGAGGGUCUGAAACCACACCUCUGCAAGCAACUGGCUCUUCAGAGGAGGUUCAGGUCUCUACAGAGCAGAGAAGGAAUCUGGUUCCUGCAAAUGGGAAGGAUCAAAUGACUGCUCUGCGCCUGUCUUUCGACAUCUUUAUUAAAGAGGUUCCCUUGAGGGACUGGAAGAGAUUCAUGAGGGCCCUUGGAUUGCUGGAUAACGAUAUGGAUGCUAUUGCUUUGAUGCAUGUCGGAGAUAUGAAAGAGCAGCAGUUCCAGAUGCUACGGACCUGGCACGACAUGAAUGGGAAGGGGGCGUCUUUGGGCUCUUUGCUGGAGGCGCUCUGUAACAUGGACCUCAAAGGCAUUGAGGAUAAAAUAAGAGCUGCCCUGAUUACCCAGGGCCUGUAUGUCCUUGAAGAGUGACUUCGAUAGUCAUGCGAAGCUUCCUCCGUGCAAGCUGUUCUUGUGAAGCCUCUCUAAAAACAGUUGGCUUAGGGUUUUCGGCCUGGAGGAGAGUGUUAUUCUUCUUUAAAGCUAUAUACAGUUUACUUGUGAAAAGACUCUGGGUGGGAGUUGAUCAUGGUGUGGAUUUGCCAAGCGUGCCUUCCUCUUAGCACGUUUCUCCCUUGUGUCCUGAGUUCAAGUGUCUUCAAAGCCCAUGACACCUUUGGUAAAGGCUGUUCUCCAAAUGGAGCACUCGCAGACCAGUGUUUAUACUACAUUUUUUAGAUUUGCCUUGAGACAGUCUUUAAACCUCUUUGGUUGACCACCAGCAUUACACUUCCCAUUUUUAAGUUCGGAAUAGAGUAGUUGCUUUGGAAGACGAUCAGGCAUCCGCACAACAUGACCAGUCCAACAAAGCUGAUGUUGAAGAAUCAUUGCUUUGAUACUCAUGAUCUUUGUUUCUUCCAGUACACUGAUAUUGGUUCGCCUGUCUUCCCAAGUGAUGUGUAAAAAUUUUCGGAGACACCGUCGAUAGAACCUUUCGAGGAGUCGGAGAUGGCGUUUAUAAGUGGUCCAUGUUUCACAAGCAUACAGUAAAGUUGGAAGUACAAUAGUUUUGUAAACAGGCAUUUUGGUUUUCCUGCAAAUUUCCCAGUCCUCAAACACUCUGCACUUCAGUUGGGAGAAAGCCGCACUUGUAGAGCUCAGGCAAUGCUGGAUUUCGGCCUCAAAGUUGGCCCUUGUGGAAAGAUAACUGCCCAGGUAGAAGUCUGAGAACCAGCAUGAGGCUGCCUUUGCGGCUCCCCUACUUCGUCAGCCAUGCAGUGUUUCCACCUGAGGGGAAAGUGUGUGUGUGUUUUUAGAGAGGGACAAGGGAUGAAUUGCUCUUGAUGAUCAUGGGUGUUGACAAGCUCAUGGAUCCAGGUGCUUGCCACCAAACUACAUUGUUAUCUUACUUGGUGCACAGGCUGCAGUGUAAAACAUCCUGCCAAACUGAGCCUCUUCAAUGAACAUUGUGGCUCCCAUUUCUUUUUAUUAUAAAAUGGGUACCCAGUAUGCCUUUUGUAUUUGCUGUGAAUUGGGGGGGGGGGUGUUCUGGUGCUGCUAAAGUCUACUUUGACCAAUGUCUUCAGGAGGUGUGGAUGUAAAAUGUUGUUUGCCAUCAAAUCUCAUUGCUACAUGUCUGAAAGACUUUCCCCCCAAGAAUAUGAACAAUUCUCCAUCUUGAAACAAUGCCAGCCCCGGUAUAAACAUUUAGCAAAUUGCAGAAUCCAGCUUUUCUGGGCACAGAAUUCUCAUUUCUGUUGUGCAGAUUGAGUACUUCCACAAACAUUUUCCAAAGGGGUAGCUGUUGCAGCAAAAAUGUGUCUUGUGGUGCAUUAAAAGCUAACAAAUGUUAUAGCUUACGGCUCUGUGGACUAUAAUUCAUGGUUCAUCUGAUGAAGUGGGCUGCAAUACACUGAAGCUUAUGCAGAAUUAUUCUGCUUCCCCCCAGAAAGUUGGUUUUGCUACUCAUGGGAGAGGACAAUGAUCUAUGGGUGAUAUCUAUUGCUCGUUCCACUUAGAGAAGACCUACUGAAAUUAAUGGGUAUGGCUAACUGAGAUUCAUUAAUUUCAAUGGGUUUAGGACCUAGCUGAAUACAACCUUAUGUCCCCUCAACACAUUGCAUCAAUGCCUCAUCUGCACUAUACAUUUAAAAUUGUAUCAUACCAUUUCAACCAGCCAUGACUUCCCACACAGAAUCCUGGGAACUAUACUUUGUUAAGGAUGCUGAGAAUUGUUAGGUGACCCCUAUUCUGCCCACAGCUACUGUACUCAGAGUGGUUUAACAAUCAUUCUCUGUUCCCAGGAAUUGUAUCUUUGUGAGGGGAAUAGCACCCUUAGCAAACUACAGUUCCCAGGAUUCUUAGGGGAAGCCAUGACUCUUUAAAGUGGUAUGAUACUGCUUUAAAUGUACAGUGAAGAUGGGGCUUUAUUAGCAAUCCUUGUGGCUUCUGGGACCGCCACUUCUGGCUCCACAUUCAAGCAGAUUUCUGCAACUGCAAGAACAAGAAACGUUCUUCAAAGCCUCGGGAAAUUUGAUUCUGUAACCAGUACUUUAGUUCAAGACUUUCCUGGAAGUCCAUAGGAAUCACAAUCUGCACUCAGCCUUACCAAUAAGGCAAGCUAGUCUUUUUAGAAGCCAUUGUUUUUUAUACACUUUGGAGGUAUCCAGGAACCUCUUUUGUUUGGUAUCAAAUGAUUUUUCUGCCUCCAGUUUACUACGUAACAAUGGUUUGUGUUAAAUAGUGCCUUUGUGCAGACACAGUCCCUGUACAAGGUGUGAAGCAUUUUUGGGUAAAUUGUUAAUGUAUUUAUACUUUUUAAAUAUUUGUUGUGUGUUAAACAUUCGUGUGGCUGUUUUUUGUUUUUGUUUUGUUUUGUUUUACGUUAGGAGGACAGGUUGCUUUUCUGGACCUGAAGUUCCUCCUGUGGUCAUUCUUGCAGUCACCUGCACUGGGUGCUGCACCUUUGCAGCUCAUUGUCCAGCUGGAAUCUUAGAGUAGCGCAGGGAGCCUUUUACAGUCCAUGGGCUGCAUGCCUUCAUGGCUAACCUGGGAGUCACUUUCUAGUGAUGGGCAGGGCCCGAGAGAAAAAGUGGACACAACUUGUCUUAUCUAUAAAAGGAAACAUUCCAGCCAUGCAAAAAACCCAGGGUUUCUAAUAUUCUCAAUCUCCCAGUGCUCACCUCUAUCGGGUGGGCCCCACAACUUCCCUUGCGGGUGUGUGUGGGGAAGCUAUUAAACUUUAUCCAGAUUUGCACACCACAAAACUGGCUAUCUAUUAACAGCUAUAAUGAGAUAAUCAAGUGCUGCAUUAUUGAUGUGGCAUUGGUCACAGCUGCUGAGAAAAUCAGGCACAUGUUUUGUUAAUGAUUUUGAGCAAGUUAUGUGUGCAGUAAAUACAAUGACUGUGGUUUUUAUUUGUGAAUGCUGCCACAGUUUUCUUUUGUAAAUUAUUGAUUUGUGGCAUGAAUGGAUGUGAGGUUUGCCAAGGCCUGUGGCUAUUAGCUAAUAAAAUGUAUUAUACUUCACGAGUCAACAUGCCAUAAUCGGUCCACUCACAUGUGAACAACUAUUUAGAAAAGGGGAGGGACACCUUUGACCUCCAGAUGGUGUUAUAUUAUAAUUCCCAGAAUCCCUGAUCAUUGACCAUGCUGGCUGGGGCUGAUGGCAGCUGGAGUCCACUAAUCACAUCUGGAAAGCAACAGGUUCUCCCCAGACUAUGAUGCUGAUUCUGUUCCUGUGGGCUCUGCCCAUCUGCUUUCUCAUCCCCACCUGCUUCCAGCUGUAGAAAGUUAUGAAUAAGGCAGAACCCUGUAUGUGUUACCGUUGAAGGAAAGCUAGAUACUGAGUAGCUGUAAGUCGAUGUCUGUUUUUUAUAGUAGGUUGAACACUAUGAUACCUCAUUUUUUAGUUUUCCGUUCUCUCACUUUGCCUUGAUAUCUUGACACACUAGAGAGCCAGUGUGAUGUAUUAGUGUUGUAACCUCUGCCUAACCUGCUUUUUGCAGGUUAUUGUUUUGAGGUGUGUGUGUGCGCAAAAUGAACUUACUUGCUCCUGGAAGUAAGGAACUAGUUAUGCAUUAACUCAAUUGGUCCAAAAUGGCCCAGUAAUGAUCUGUGCCAGUUCCUAUGAAGGUAUUGUGACUGGCUUCUUCUGCAGUAUUACACACUUUAAACAGUCAUAGCUUCCCCAAAAGAAUCCUGGAAACUAUAAGGGUGCUGAGUUGUUAGAGCUGCAAUUCUCAGUUUCCUGGGAAGAGGAAUUGAUUGUUACAGCACUCUAGGUGCUAGAUCUCUUCAGCAGUAUAUUGUUCCAGGUUUCCAAAUCUCAAAGGGGGUGUCACAGACUGGAAUGGUUGGGGUACAGGAAAAAGGAAGAACAGAAAUGAUAGAAUCUGAGAACCUUCCCUGCAACAAAAGACUGAAAUGUCAGCUGCUUUUUAAUUUCGGGCCAGAUGACAAAAGAGGCGCAUGAUUAAAGAUUGUCCCUGUACAUUUCGUAAACUACUUUGAGGUUUUAUUACAAGCAAGCAGUAUAUAAAUUUUGUGAAAAACAAAAUAAUGUGCAAAAAGUGGAAUGAGGCUCUUCCCUCCCCACUCCUGUAUAGUAGAACUUUGACCAUCAAGCAAAAAUACCGUUGUACAUCAUGUUGAUGGAAUUUGCUUGCACAAGGACAUGCUGCUCGCUUUGAGUAUUGUUGUUGAAUGCUUUUUCCAAGUGCUGUA